UUCAUAUGUAAACGUAAACGACGGUUAUAAGUAGACUGAUCCUGGGCUGCUAUAAAAACGUGGAAUAUUAUUAUUUAUAAAAUAGAUUAUUGCCUGAGGAUAUUCGUGGAAAUCACUUACCACUAAUCGUUUAUUACGGAAUUCGGACCAUAAAUACAUUUAAGAAGGACAACAACAUUAAUUACAGAACUUGAUAAACACAAUAAAUUGUUAUUCGAAUCUGUUGUCAACUUAUUGCUUGGAAAGGAUGUCUGCCAGUGAGAUUGGCAAAAUGAAAUGCGAGUCAGUUAUAAAGAUGGGGUUGAUCGAGAGCUUUAGGAAUCUCGAAAUCAUAUUAAAACCCAGCGAACAAUUCCUUCAAAUUUACGGAUUGUCAUUUAAAUUUUAUAAAAAUCGAAAAGAAUUUAGCAACACGCAAAUCAAAAUAAUGGAAAGUAAGAUGAGUAAGCUGUUUUAUAAAAUAAUCUACUCAAAGAUCACAGACCUGGAUGAUACUGUAACUCUUGCAACAGCUUAUUAUAAUGUAUGUAACGCAUAUAUUUUGUCCGAUCAGAAGAAAGAACUAUCUAUAGCUAAAAAUUUUAUUCUGCAUUGUUUGGAUUUAAUGAAAGAUAAAGAGCUGGAUCCAAAAUUUAUUUUGCUAGGUUUGAAAGCCCAUUACGGUUUAGGCUUUCUUUAUGAUAAACUAAACAAACCAAAAGAAACGAUACAUAUGUAUGAUAAAGCUAUAAGCUUAUAUUUUGCAUAUACAAAUGAUGAAAAUCAUUCUCUUAUUGAUUUUAAAGACAUUGUUGUUAAGUCACGUAUACCGCUACGUCAUCAAGAGGCGCUAAAGAAUAUGUAUAUAAUAAUUUUAACUUCAUUAGUACAGGUGCAUACGGAUAUUAAGCCAAGAAACAACCCGAGCCUAAUAAUGUCCAUUCAUUUUCUUUUAGUUGCUGAAUGGCAUAGAUUACCGCAAACGAAAACAUAUUUUAAGUGGAUUGAUCGAGCAAUAACAUUAUGUUAUCAUUUAUUAAUGUACAACUGUUUUAAAGAAGCCCAAUAUUAUUUCACUGUUGCAAUUUAUCUGAGAGUAAUCUACUUUGAUAGAAAAUGUAACUGUAUCAGGAAAAAAGAAACUUUCAUCAAAGUAUGCGAGUGGUGUAAUCAGAGUAUAGCUAUGGUUCCCUUAUUUGCUCGUUAUCAGGUUAAGCAUGCAAUUACGCUUUUCCGUAAAUCAGCGGAACGAUUGCUAUCGUUAAAAAGAGACAACGUUUCCGACAAUUUAAAAUUAGAAGAUUUUACAAAGUCAAAAGACCAAUUUUUGCAGGAAUUACUAUUAUUUUCCGGAGUAGAAAAUGAGUAUUUAGUUCCUCGUGAGUUCAAAAUGGUAAUGUCUGAAUACAUCUCAGAUUAUAAUAAUGCCCAGCAAAUAUUUAGUAGAAUUCUUAAUUUAUUGUACGGUAUGGGGAUAGUUUUUAAUAAGGGGGAUAUAAAAAUAUACGAAAAUAUUGUAUUAGACAUCUGUAAAGCGUAUAAAUAUAUGGCAUUGUUUGAAAAAGACACGUCCAGUCGGAUAUUGUUACAAAGACGUCGCGCAGAAAUUUUAUGCGAUACAAUAGUAUUUAUACGUUUGAGAACUCAUAAUGUACCGAAAUUUUUUCUACUUCAACUCGCAAUUAUUUACUCAACUUUAAUAGAUAUAAAGUUUGAAAAUUUGGACACAGAUUAUUUACUAUUUACUCCAUUAAGCCAUAACAAUCUUAUUAGUGAAAUUAACGAUUUAUUAAACGAGGGCUUGACGAAUUUAUUCUUUUAUAUGAAUAAUACUUAGAUAUUACGAUAGACAAUAAAUUUGACAACAGAUCAAAUUCUUUAUUGAUUUCACAUUGACAGGAGUAUAUACAACAAUAUAUUCAUCGUUACGAUAUUAAAAAUAAAGAAAAAAACAAGGUUAUCUAUAAAAUACAGUUUAGAGAACAAAAAUUUU